AUGGAGGAGAGUGGCAGCACCAGCGGAAGGCGGGAGGACGCGGCGCCGACGUGGAGGCCGAGCGAGGCCUCGGCGUUCAGCCGUUUUGCGGCGGCCGCUGCUUCGCCGGAGGCGUCCCCGUCGGCCUCCGCCAAUGGGGCUGCUGCCCGCGUCAGCAGCCUUCAUGGGGUCAAGCGGAAACCGUUUGUUGCACGAUUAACAGCAGGCAUCAUUCAGACAUAUCUACAAUGUGAUCCUGAGUUUAAGUACUCAGAGGUUCUAAAUCCAAAACGCUUCCUCACGAGUCCCUCUACCCCAGCCCACAAUGAUGGACUUGACAAUGCAAAUUGGGACCUCAUAUUGUACGUCAACUUGGAGUUGGUUAAUAAGAUGUCAAACAGGAGGUUUAUUGUCAAGGAAAUGCUUGGGCAGGGAACUUUUGGUCAAGUAGUUAAGUGCUGGGACACAGAAACUAACGACUAUGUUGCUGUGAAGGUGAUAAAAAACCAGCCUGCAUUUUACCAUCAAGCUAUCAUGGAGGUUUCACUAUUAAGAACGUUAAAUCAAAAUUUUGAUCCUGAUGAUCAGCAUAAUAUUGUCCGAAUGCUUGAUUAUCUGUCAUUUCAGAAUCAUUUGUGUAUAGCUUUUGAGAUGCUGGGUCAAAACCUGUACGAACUGCUCAAAAGGAACCACUUAAGAGGUCUUAAACUGAAAUAUGUUCAAGCCUUCUCAAAACAGAUAUUGGAUGCCAUGGUUGUGAUGAGAGAAGCUGGAAUAAUUCAUUGUGAUCUGAAGCCAGAAAAUAUCCUGUUAGCUCCCAGUGUCGCAACAGCUGCAGCAGUGAAAGUUAUUGAUUUUGGAUCAGCAUGCCUGGAGGGUAAAACGGUUUACUCAUACAUCCAGAGCCGCUAUUACAGGUCUCCAGAGGUUCUCCUUGGCUAUCCAUAUACUACUGCGAUCGACAUGUGGUCGUUCGGCUGCAUAGUUGCUGAACUGUUUCUAGGCUUGCCAUUGUUUCCUGGAGCAUCAGAAUAUGAUGUGCUUCAGCGGAUGAUGAAAAUUCUCGGGGGCCAACCACCAGAUGAACUGCUAAGGGAAGCUAAAAACACUAUAAGGUUUUUUAAACAUGCUGGAAGUAUAUAUCCUGGCAAUGAGGCACCUACUGGUCUUUCUAGUGCAUACAGAAUUUUAAGUGAAGAAGAGGUUGAAGUGAGAGAUUCCAAGAGGCCAAAGAUGGGAAAGUGGUACUUCCCACACCUGAAGCUUGACAAACUCAUAUGUACCUAUCCUUGGAACAAUUCCGAACUGACAGAGACAGAAAAAACAGAUCGUUUGGGAUUAGUUGAUUUCUUGAAGGGACUCCUUGAAUUUGAUCCAAAUAAGCGAUGGUCACCAUUGCAGGCUCUAUAUCAUCCAUUCAUAACAGGCGAAUCGUUCACCGGUCCAUAUGAGCCUGUACCUGAGACUGCAAGAAUUCCUGUUGCUCGUGCUGCAGCAAUUGAUCACAAUCCUGGUGGGGGCCACUGGCUACAUUCAGGUCUUUCCCCGCAGGUUGGAAGUGUGAACAGAUACCUACCUGUGAAUAAUGCCUACCCUCCAAAGGUUCCUUUUUCUUAUGGGAGUAGUUAUGGAAGCUAUGGUAGCCAUGGUAGCUAUACCGGUAAUCCUGGUUUUGGUAACAGCUACGGAAGCACUGGUGACGUUAAUGCUAUCAAUAUGUAUUACUCACCCUUAGGUUCUUCUGGAUUAGCACAAAUUGGCUCUAGUCCAGAUGUUAGAUUAAGGAUGCGUUUCCCGCAUGAUAGAGGAAUUCGAUUGAGUCCUGGUAGUCUUGGGCCUAUGUCUCUUGGAGCCAGUCCAUCGCAGUUUACGCCACCAAACUACCAGAUGCAAAUCCCAGCUAAUUCUACUGGGAAGCAUGGUUCCAGUUCUCCUGCGAGUGGAGGCAUUCAUGGUUCUCCAUUAGGAAAAGCUGCAGCAGUGGGCCCAUACAACAUGAGGAGGAAUUUGCCAAUGCCGCCACAUGAUUAUGUAUCUCAGCAUGGACAAGGGCGUUUUGGAGAUGGUGUCAGUUUCAGUCAUUCUGAUGCCUAUGCUCGAGGACAUACAGGCCACUCUCAUAAUGCAGCAGGACCUAGUUCUUGUCAUUCUGGUUGGAGACCACAAAUAGGUUCAAGGAGUGGUAUUUCCUUGGAGGCCUCGUCUAGUCAUGUGCCUUCACAGGCUCCAUCACAAUCAUUUGACUUUUCAGCUUCAUCAGAACUUGAUCCUGCUAAUUGGGACCCUAAUUAUAGUGAUGAGUCACUAUUGCAAGAAGACAACUCACUGUCAGCUGAUCUAAGUAGCAAUCUCCACUUUAGAGAUGCAGGUGGCCAAGGAGCGGAUCUAUCAGAUCAGCAAAUUUCCAAGGCCAUGUCUUUGCUACAUCUAACCCUGUACCAACAAACCAAAGGAGUGAGUGCCCAUUCUAGUGUUCCCAUCAACUACGGUGGUUACAACCCUCCAAACUAUCCUCAGCAAAAUCUCCGUCCCCGUCAUGGACAGCCUAUUCUUCAUCAGCGAUAUAACCAGGCAACUUCCAGUCCAAUGCGGCCAAUGGGAAGCCAUCACAGUGGGCAGCCUGCAUGGCCUAGUAGUUUUGGCAUCGGCAACGGAGUGCCCUGGGGUAAUCUAUCCACUCCUUUAAGAAAUGUUCGGUUUGAGAGGGAAUGA